AUGCACCUGUCACAUGCAUUGCGAAAAAAUUCUACACUGACAGCGACAAAUUUACGAGCUACCCAAAUUGGGCCAGUGGGGAGGACAUACGUGCACCAAAUUCAAAAAUCGAGUAAAUUNAUAUUUCAUUGUUAUCCAACCAAAGAUCAUGUGUCAAUUUACAGUGAAAUACCUAUGUCUAAUCGAAUAAUUGAAGCAGGCUAUAUGAUUGAUUGUUUACUAACAAAAUACCAAACAAUUGACUUUACAAAACCGAACAAUCGUUUUUGUAAUGCAAAUUUCAAUCCAUAUAAAGAUCGCGGUCUUCAAAAUACUUCGUUGGAACCAUAUGAGGUUGUUUUCGUUAAAAGCAAUGACUUGGUAUUUCUUAAAGAUGCACGCGACCGAGCAAGAUUAUAUCAAAAGUGGAUGGAAGAUAUUCGAUCACUGAACCGCACAUCAUUAUAA